GCGGGGACUCGUUGGUGGCCACCUGGGUUUAGGUUUCGAAAGACGAAAAUAUUCGGACACAAGUUUGGCCGCUUUGAAGUCCUCUCUGUAUCUCUACUAUUAGCUUCUCUGCUUCUCAGAAAAGAGACAAUCUCCGUACAGACUACCAUUCAAUUCCAAUGGAGGCAGAAAAGUCUAAUAAUACUGCUGCCCCCAGGAAGAUGAGAUUUGCACCAAGAGCUCCCCCUCGUAGAGUGCCAAAGCCUGAAAUCAAAACUGAAGUGGUCGAGGAUGCUGAUGCUAAUGCUAACCAGGCUAGGGAACUACUACGCCGUUUCAAUGAAGGUACUAUUAGGGUAAAGCCCAAGGUUGAAAAGAAAGUGGCACCGACUCAAGUUGCAUUUGGUGUUGGAGGUGCAUCUCCUUCCAUUAGAUCAUAUGGUGUUCCUAAGGCUGGGGGUAGUAAUAACAGCAAUCAAGGAUCAGCCUUUAAGAGUGGUGCUUUUGACUCAGGCUUGAGAGAGAAAGAAUAUAUAGAACCGUGGGACUACUACAGUUAUUAUCCUGUAACACUUCCUGUGAGGAGGCCAUAUUCAGGAAAUCCAGAACUUCUUAAUGAGGAGGAAUUCAGGGAGAAUUCAGAGACCACAACCUAUGAUGAAAAUACAGCAAAUCCAGCACUAGAGCUUGGUCUAAUGGAGGAGAAUCAGGAAGCGAGUAUGUUCUUUCUUCAGUUUCCACCAACUAUGCCAACAGUAAAGCGGUCGGAUACUGCAGAUGUCCCAGAGGUAACUGACAGCUCGAGGCCUCCUGGCUUGAGGCGUACUGGGGUUGCGCAUACUGUCAAUAAGACCUGUGCUUUGAAUGACUUACCAGCAGGUUUCAUGGGUAAAAUGCUAGUCUACAGGAGUGGUGCUAUUAAGCUGAAGCUUGAUGAUACCCUUUAUGAUGUUUCCCCAGGUAUGGAUUGUGUGUUUGGUGAGGAUGUUGUAGCUAUCAAUACUGAAGAGAAGCAUUGUUGCAUAGUUGGGGAGCUCAAUAAGCAUGCCACUGUAACCCCAGAUAUUGACUCCAUUUUGAAUAGUAUGUCUGAUUUAUGAUAAUUCUUGCUCAUUGGCAGCAUGUAUUUGGUUCUUACAAAUGACGAUAAUUUUUUUUUUUUUUUUUUUCCAUAAAAUUUUACAAGGGUUUUGUUCACAUUUAUCCAACUUUUUCCAUUAGAAAAAUGUCACAGAAUAAGAUAGCAAGUUGCGAGGAAAGCUAUAGAUUACUCCUAGGAAGAAAAUAUAGGAAAAUAUUUAAAUAACAUUUUGCUACCUUAUGUUUUGAUUCCUCAUCCUGGAAUUCAUGUUUUAUGUGUGAUAUUGGAUGUAUUAGAUUUCAUUGUCAUUUUGUGGCUAACUAUGUGAUGACGUUGUUGAUGUUCAAUGACCAAGCUGUGUUUUCAUUU